AUGGUUUUGAUGCUGGUACGACCUACAAUUGAAUCUGAUACCAUUUCUGAUAUUACAGAGAGAAUCUAUUCGCAUUAUAUCACAACGAUAAUUUUUCGUGACAACAUGUCUUCUAAGACCAAUUUCCUCGAUAUAUCUAAAAAAACACAAAUUCAAUCAGGGCAAGUCAUCGAAUGCAACGAGUCGGUCACAGAUGUCGGUGAAUUUCAACAACAUUCGUUCGCCAAGAACAGUUUUAGUCACUAUCAAUCCAAUAAUGAACAGUAUUAUUCAACAGAUUCACGUACUAUGCAACAUUUGGUACCGCAUGCUGCACUCGCUCCAAAAUCAUCAUACUAUUAUGAGCACGAGGAGAUACUACAUACGGGACUAACUGUAAUGAUUUUAGCUCCUGAAAAAUAUAAGGAUGUCACUAAAGCAAAAAAGUUGUUUGAACCAUUUCAUAUACCUUACAAGUCUAGCCUGGAGGAACUUCGUAAUGAGAUAAUGGAACAGAGACGAAAUAAAACAGAUAAAUCAGGUCAGUUAGAUGAAGAUGAAUGCAGCAUUGCUCUAUUAACUCUAUUUAAAUAUAUCGAAGAUGAACGAUAUCCGCUAAAUGCCGAUAUACUUCUUCCAAUUGUUUAUGAACACGUUAAUGAUCGAAAUGGUGAAUAUUAUACUGUAAGAAAUUUUCGAACAUUAAUUAUCGAUACACUGGCCGAACACAUACGUUUUCAAACAUUUCACAAUUCGGGCGAUUUGACGCUACAGUUGAUUCGCAAAAUGAGUAAAGAAACCGAAAGAAUCUCGAAUAAAAUUAAAGCGACACGAACAGACGAUCUUCAACGAAGCAGUGACGAGUCUCCAAAUCCAUUUUCAUUAUUAACAGUUCUUCUACACAUUGGAUAUUUAGUAUUAUAUAUUUUUGGUCUGCCAAUCGUUGCUUUUCUUGUCAUAUUCAAAAGUUUUCCAAGAAAAAACAGUAAAGAAAUAAAGACGAAAACUCCACAGUUGCUUAUCAUUCUUUUAUCAAUUAUUGGUGGAUUAGUUGCAUGUAUUGUCUAUUUAGCUAUAAUCAAUCUUGUCCUCUUUCAUAUCCAUCAUGACACUAAUGUUGCUUGGCAUGUCAGUUCACUGGAAGUUUAUUGGCCAUUUGCAUUGAUAACUGGUAUUGUUUGCAUUGCUUAUGUCUAUGGAUCACCUUUUGCAAUGAAUUCUGACUACAAAAAGAAUCAAAAAAUGCAACAAAACUAUGAUGAAGCUGCAUUGGAUUUUCUUAAACACAAAGCUGUAGUGAAUAUGCCUUCUUCGCCUGACAAAUAUCAGAGUAUGACAGUGGCUGAAAUAGAACAAAAUAAAAAGGAUUUAUCACCGGCAAAAAAUGAAUCAAGUGAUAAUCGAAAUAAAAGUUUUGUGAUAAAAAUCAAAGUAAUCGGACUCAUUGUUGUUCUUGGUGUUGCUGUGGUACGUGCAUGUGUACCAACAAUUUAUCGUAAAUAUAAUCCUCGUUACACGUAUCCGAAUACGACAAAACCAUUCCAGCUCAAGCUCGUUUUACAAGAACCGACCAAUAAUAAUCCAUAUGGUGUUGCACAAAAGAGUGGUAAUGGAUACUUUUUGGAUUUAAGACAUCAACGCAAUCUUGAACUUUUCGUCGCUCAGUUACGCCAUGUUACCAAACUGAAAGAUACGCUUCCAUAUCAACUUGCCAUGGCUAGUAUGGGCGGUGGAGUCAUUUUUACUUUAAUUCUGGGUAUUGUUGCUAUUAUUCAACUAAUUUAUUAUCAACCUGGUGGCCUUCCAACAUUGACAACUCUUCUAGGAAUUAUUGAUAUAUGUAUUCUAAUGAUUCUUGUCAUUAUUUUUCUAUGCAAUAUUGUUAUUAUCAAUAGCGCCGUGGAAAAUGUAGAAGUAUUACUCUUGCGUACGAAAAAGGAAGUAUUCGUACAAUCAACAAAACGUGAAACACAAGUGAAAGAAUGGAAUAUUAAAUAUUUGAGUGCGAUGACUGAACAAUUUGCUGUCGAUAAAAGUACUUUUAUCGUAACUAUCUUUGGAUUUGUCAUUGAUAAACCAUUGAUCAUGAAAGCUGCAUUAACAAUGAUAGGUUCUUUGGUUUCACAGAUGAUCUUGUUUGUUAAAAAGAAAGCUAAUUUAGAGAAUGAAUAG